AUGCCGGCCAUCAUUACUGCCGAAACAACCUGGCUAAACAUCUUCUUAUGUAAGGUGAAUUCCUCCCUUCCUGUUUUAAUGGAUACGCACAUCGCCUUUAUUAUCUCCCUUCGGAAACAAAUAAAACUCACGAUUUUCGUAGUCACUUUCUCUUCGUCCACUUCCUCCGAAGAUAAAGAAGUGUCCUUUCCAAAUUCUGCCCAGUCUUGCCAGCAUACUCCGGGGGCUCACUCCGGAACUCCUUCGCCCAACACAGGCCCAGCCCAGGGAGAUAUAUCCCCAGAAGACGGGGCUUCGAAGUCCAUAACCAGCGCUAUUGCGUCACCGACGAAGCAUGAGGAUUAUAUUUCGAAACUAAGCCGCGAGAUCGAGGCUAUCGAGGAAGAGUUUUUGAAAGUUAGUUCUUAUCCGGAUGAGGAUGACAGCGACAGUGAUCUCCGUAAAUCGAUAGUACUAGCACACCGCCAUGGGCGAACACUGGUGGAUAGAUUCAAAGUUUUUGAGGAAGCUGGAGAUCUAGAGAAGGCGACAUCCGAUCUAGAAAAGGCCAUCGAGCGGUUCAGUUACGUACAAUCAAGACCGUUGUGCAAUGGUGUUCCGCGACAGGAUCUAUUGUGGGUCUUAUGCAACCUACUACUGAGGAGAUAUUCACAGUUUCACUCCCUGAGCGACUUAGACUUCGCCAUUCAAUGCAUGGAAGAAUCGCGCGGAACCAUAGGUCUCCAUUCUCCUAAUAGUCCGCAUGUAUUUCGCAUGUUGAACUCCCUAUAUCGUCGUCGUUUUGAGCGAUCGCAAGCCAUGCAAGAUUUAGAAAAAGCAGAAGAGGUGAUAGAGAGCGCACUCGAGGCCACGAAUGCUAAUCACCGGAUGCGUGCAUCACUGCUCCAUAUGCUCUCCACCACCAUCCUAAAGCGAUACGACCAAACUCAGAACAAGGCAGAUCUAGAUCUGGGUAUUGAGCGAGAAAAAGAGGCUAUAAGCGUAGCACUCCCACAGGACCCCGCUAGGGAAGAUAUCUUCCGCAGUAUGGCGGCGAUCUACCUAAUACGGGCCGAUCAUCUUGGUCAGGCGGAUGAUAUCGAACAGGCUAUAUCUUGGGCUGAGCAAGCAGUAGGGCUGCCUAUAGUUAACAAUCAAGUUAAAGCAGAAUCAAUCCACAUACUAAGCACUGCACUGCUUGCCCGAUUUGAGCGCAAAUGGGACAUUGAUGAUGUUAAUCGUGCCAUUAAUCUGGCACAAGAGGCGAUAGGUCUCAUACCUAUGUAUACGUGGAACCAAACUAAUAUCUUUAACACUCUGGGCGGACUGUAUUUGUCGAGGCACCGGCAUACCGGGGACUCUCAAGAUCUUGAUAAAGCGAUCGAAAUUGGAGAAGGGGCUCUCUCACGAAGCAGUGAGGAGGACCCUAGCCGCGCUUUGUAUCUUACCAACAUUACUCAACUCCUGUUUCAAAGAUCUACACGUUAUCACAAUCCAGAAGACCUUAAAGAGGGCACGAGGCGAAUUAUCGAGAUACUUGCAGUGACUCCGCUGGAUGACCCUCAAAGGCCUCGGAGAUGCUACAUCCUCGCCGCUUUUUAUAAAAUGAGAUACGACAAUUCCGGAAAUUUGAUAGACCUCAAUAAGGCAAUAGAGCUCAGCGAGGAAGCUUUGCAGCUAUUCCCCCCUACACAUAUUAGUCGUUUUCAGGUUUACAAUUUACUGGCCAAAGUGUACACCCUCCGAUACCAUCGGUUAGAAGGAGUUGAGAAUAUUGAGUUAUCAAUUGAAUGGGCCAGGAAGACAUAUAGUGCGAUAGGAUCUCCGAGGGCAGACCGCUCUGCUGCUUCGAUGACCCUUGCAAGGUCACUUAUGAAUCGCUUCAAGCACAAAAAGAAGAAGGAUGAUAUUCUGGAAGCAAGAGAUGUUAUAGAGAGGGAGCUAUGCGAUACUCCUCCCGACUUUGAGCCUCGGAAGCAGUCACUACAUACUGUAAUGGCUGAGGUGUAUCGGAAUCUGUACGACGCUUAUAAUGAUCCGGCAGAUAUAGAGCAGUCUAUCAAGUCUAUGGGGGUGUCCUUAGCAGCAAGGCCAAUGGAUGCACCUGAUCGAGCAAUUGGUCUAUAUAACCGCGCCAUCAUAGUUAUGUGCCGAUAUAGAAACAAUCCCUCCAGCUCAGAUUUGCAUUUCAUUCUCCACGAUCUUUAUGAAGCUUGGAACACGCCACUGGCACGUGGAAUGACUCGGGUCACGGCAGCAACGUUCGCAUCCAGAUUACUGAUCACGUGGAGGAGGUGGCAGGAGGUAUAUGGUCUAUUGGAUAUGGUUGUGAGACUGUUACCUGUGGCUUUGGAUUCCCGACGUAGCUCAAUUAGAGAAGAUGAAGAGCACAAGUUGGCCGUAAUCAAAGAGCUCGCUCCAAAUUUCGCCUCAGUGGCAUUCCUCCUGGGGGAAGACGCAUCUUAUGGUUUGAGGAUACUGGAACUUGGGAGGGGAGUGAUUAUAGGGUCCAUUAUCGACCGCAGGAGCGACCUCUCAGUGCUACUAUCAAAACACCCUCCGCUUUAUGCAGAAUAUCAUCGCCUUCGAACGGUCCUCGACGCUCCAAUCUCGGAGGUCAAUGAUAGCACUCUCACGGAUUCCGAGGCAACCGUGCGUUAUGAGAAGGACAGGGUGGGGAGAGAAAAUGCCGUCGCUAGUUUCGAAUUGACGCAGGCCUCUAUUCGUGAAAUGCCUGGAUUUGAAGGAUUUCAAUUGCCCCCUCGCUCCGAGGAGCUCAUGAAAAUGGCUUGUGAUGGUCCGAUAAUAAUGGUAAAUAGUACCACAAUACGUAGCGAUGCUAUUAUUGUCACUACAGCCUACAUACGAUCACUGCAACUUCCCAAGCUCGAGUACGCUGUGGUGGAAGAAAGAAUGGCACAGCUGAUCCAGACGGUAAAAGGGGGACCAUCCACAUACAAUAAAAGAAAUGAAAAGAUGGAAGAGCUGUUGCUCUGGCUUUGGGAGAGCGCGGUGAAGCCAGUCAUGGAUAUCUUGGGAUUCACACUAGGAGGUCCCCUACCCCGAAUCUGGUGGAUUGGUAUAGGACCACUUGCGGUGGCGCCGUUUCACGCGGCUGGCAGCCAUUCCCCUGGAUCAACACAAAAUACCAUGAGCUAUGCUAUAUCAUCCUAUAUACCAACAAUAAAGGCGCUUUCGUUUGCUCGAGAAAGAUCCCUUAGGCUCAAAUCAGGCUUUCGUCUCCUUCUGGUUAGCAUGCCCACAACCCCAGGCCAUAAUCAACUGCCCAGUGCAGAGACCGAAGUCACGAAGAUCAUGGACUCAAUUAAAGGAAAAGCAAACUCAACUCAUCUGGUACACCCGGGUGCUUCCCAAGUACUCGACUCACUUCCAUCAUUCAACGCAGUUCAUUUCUCCUGCCACGGUAUUUCCGAUGCAAAAACCCUUCGAAUAGUCAUCUACUUCUCUGUAAAGAUGAAGUCGUUGACCGACUUUCUGUUGAGGGUAUAA